AUGUCGUCCCCUGAGAAGAAGAGGAGGAAGACGACGACGACGACGAAGACUACGAAUCCGUCACUUAAGGCAUCACCUUUGCUCCCUCCGACGCCGCAAUCGACCUCAAAUCUGCCACUUCCGGAUGAUUUGCUUCUGAGCUGCUUCGCACGGGUCUCGCGACUGCACUACCCGACUCUCUCCCUCGUCUCCAAGAGCUUCCGUUCUCUGCUUGCUUCACCGGAGCUUUACCAGACUCACCUUUGCUCCCUCCGACGCCGCAAUCGACCUCAAAUCUGCCACUUCCGGAUGAUUUGCUUCUGA